AUGGAACAAACUUUUGCGGAUGCUUUGGAGCGGACAGAUGAUAUUAUUGAGACUGUCCAGCAGCACCCCCCUCCCUUGAGACCCACGCCUAGUGGGGAGAAAUCUCUUCAUGAAAAGCUCUAUGACAUUUAUGUUGAGGAAUGUGGAAAAGAGCCGGAGGUAGAGGGUCUCAGAAGCAAUGUCAACUUGCUGGAGAAGCUGAUGAAGAAAGAGCCGUUGCCAUGUUUAGUGGUCAACCUGUACCCUGAAAAUCAGGGUUAUUCUCUCAUGCUCAAGGACAAAGAUGGAGUCCUUGUAGAGCCCUUUCCAGUGCCUUAUGUCGGAAAGAAACUGCUCGAAUAUUUGGAUGCCGAAGAGUUACCUUCUCUUCUGAUUGAUAUCCUGGAAAAGUCUCCUGUGAAUGUUUUUCACCAUGGCUGUGUCAUAGCAGAAAUCCGAGACUACAGACAGUGCAGAGACAACAUUUACCCUCCUGGGGAGCUUUGUGCAGAGCCCGCUGUGUCACCCGCUGAGUCUUCUGCUGAGUCUUCUGCUGCUUACCAAACACGGCAUGUUUUAUUGCGUCCCACGAUGCAGUCUCUAGUAAGUGAUGUGGAGUCCAUAACAAGUGAUAACCGUCAGUGGACUGAGGAAGAGAAACUUGAACUUGAGAGGCAACUGAUUUUAGCUACAGCAGAGCCACUGUGUCUGGACCCCUCUGUUGCUGUCACCUGUACAGCCAACAAACUGCUGUUUAAUGAGCAGAAGAUGAUGACAGACUCCAUGAGACACUGCUGCAUGAGUCAGGGGUGGCCCUACGUAGAACAGACCGAGGAGCGGUAUAUGCGUCCAACUCCCCCGAAUAUUGCAACAGUGAUGGCUUGGAGAAAACGAGCAGGCAUCAGACUAGGUGACCGGUAUGAUCCGAAUAUUACUGAAGCAGGAAAGUGUGUAGAAACGUGGAAGAAGAGAUCCUGUGGACUGGUGGCCCCAGCAGAAGUGGAUGUGGAUAAAUAUGCUGGAGGGGAGCCGUUUGUGCCCCGUUAUUACUCAGAAUCAGCAGCCUGCUCAACUUCUAAGAUAAAACAUGGUUAUGUGUUUGAGUGUGAAGGGGGCAGUCAGCCACGGGAAACAAAGACAAGUAUGACACAGACCUUUAGUGAGCCAUUUUUCUCUACUGAAGUAAAACCACCAAUAGAGGGCAGAUGUGAUAGCCAGAUGUAUCUUCCCCAAGUUGCAGAAACUAAAUGUUUGCCUGGUUCUCCAGCUGGAGACAAGAUUGAGUCUAGGAAGGUAAGACCCUUGGGUGUGCGCCAAGGGUCUGUCCGGAACAAGGCUGAGUGUCUAGGCAAAAUGCCGCAGGGGCCCACUGACUCCAUCUCUGUUUCCUCCCUAGGAAAGAAGGCUACAUCCCAUUUAGUGCCUUCUUCAAGCGUGGAGAGGAGAAUUAAGGCCCCAGCUCCACUGUUCACACAGCCUUCCACUUCAGGACAGGGUUCUUCAGCAGGCAAUCCUCCCCCUGUAGCAGUCAGAGGUAGGAAGCUUCCAAGACUCGCUCCUUUCCCCAUAUCAGCCAGCCUGGCUCCACAAACCUUUUGGGGAGUGAGCAGUAUUAACCCCCGUCCUCCAGCAGUUCAACCCUCUGUCAGCUUGUUAGAGAGUAGUCCAGCUCCCCAGGGCCCCAGCAGUGGCGCUGGCCAAAAUGUCAUCAGUUUGUUUGGCCAAGCACAGAGGGGCCCUGUUUUGAUGACCAGUUCAUCCCACAUGCUGAGCUUUCCCACGGGUGCCCCAACAUCUACAUCUACACCUACACCUACACCUACACCUACACCUACACCUACACAAACUUCUUGUACAGCCUUUCUGUCUCCAAGAAGUCAAAUGCCCAGCAUCCACUCCAGAACAUCACAUCACUCUGUGCAGACAUCUGUGAAAUUAAUUGUAAAAAAUAAUUCAGGUCCAGUAACUGUCAGACUUUCACCUGGCUCUGUCAUUUUGCACCCACAGUCACAAGCGCAGCAGCAGCAGCAGCAGCAGCAGCCGCAGCCGCUGCCGCCGCCGCCGUGGUUGCAGCCACAGCAACCACAGCAGCCGCAGCAUCAGCAGCCGCAGCAGCCACAGCUGUAUUCACAGCCAGAGCAGCAGCGAAAACCUUUGUAUGUCUUGAUUCCAAAACAGCAGCAGCCACCCAGGGCUCCUGUCCCUCCACAGCCAGUGCCACCAGCUUCUUCCCAGGGCUCCGGCAUUCAGCAAUGGGCACUGUCAGCUCAGCAAGCCCGCCUUUUUAAUUUUGCUGAGUCUGGGAGGGUUUGCCAGCCUCAGGCAACUGUGGUGUGUCAGGUAGGCUCCACCCAACAGAGUUCUGGGCAGAACCUUCCUUCACAGGGCUUCGAGUACCCUGCUGCCCGGCUAGAGCAGCUGCAUGCUAGGGGCCAGAAUGUGCGGCUGAGAUUUGUGCCAGGUAUAGUCACUAUGCCCAGGGCAGCCACUCAGCAUGGUCCUCAGAGACCCACAGGUGGCCAGUGCAGAGGUACAAAGAGGGGAGGUCCACCAACUGCCCCAGACUCUUAA